AUGCGCACCAAAUCAAACUCCUCUGAAGCUCCUUGCUUUUUACAAAAAACUUUUGAUAUGCUGAACAAUGAAGAAAACGCUGACAUUGUUUGCUGAACACAAGAUGGAGCUGCGUUUGUCAUUAAGGAUAAGAAAGAAUUCUGUUUAUCAGUCCUGCCCAAAUACUUUAAACAUAGCAACUUGGCUAGCUUUGUAAGGCAACUUAACAUGUAUGAUUUUCAUAAAGUCCGCCGGUCUGGUUCUGAGGAUAUUUUUAAACACCCCUUAUUUGUUCAAGUAAUAAAAUGAUGACGUUAAGCUAAGACGCACCUCUAUGAAGCAGAUUGGACCCAUCCUGAUAAAGCUGAAAACAGAGCCUGCCCCUUUUAGAAGUAGGCCUUCAGGUUUCGGGAUGCCUUGCCGAACAACGAAGUUUUUUUCUCCCCCGAAGGUUUUCCAGUUUCUCAGAUGGGUUAGGCAGAUUUUGUCUAUCAAAUAGUCUUCUCUCAUGGGGAUUAACGAGGCACUCUACAGAUGGGCUCUCCCCUAAGUCUGUUUAGGUCAAAAAUUUUAAAAGGGAGCCAAGAUGAGUGACAGCUAGUGGUUUUACCCACUUAUAGCCAGCAUAACCUUUUUUUCCUUUAUUUUACUUAUUUGUUCAGCAAAACCCUGAUUUUUUAAAAGAAAUCAAACGAAAAUCAACUAAUGUUAAUUGGCCAGUAGUUUCUGCAAAUACUCUGAAUAAGCCUGAUUUAGCCCCAAUAUUGCAAAAAAUGAUGGAUUUGCAUAUAUAAUAUUAUAAUUAGAACAAUUAAACUCUAUAAAUACCUAAAUCUAAACCUUGAUAAAAAUAAGGACAAUAUCCCCAUACAUUUUUGUUAAUUAUUCUCAUAAAAUAUAGCUAAUCAAGAAUCUGAAAUAAUGAUCAAAAAACUUGAAGAAAGAAUCGACGAGCUUUCAACCCAAAGAGAAGUCCUCUCUAUGCAAUUUUGGGAAACUCAAGAAAGAAUGAAGCAAAUAGAGCAUGCUGUCGUUGUAUUGGCAAGUUUUAUGCACUCAGGCGGAGAUGAUAUCAUAAGAUAUAUGGAAAAUGAAUAUUCAUCAAAUGUAAGGAGCAUCCAAACAGAAAUCCCUCUUCCACCCAAAAAACAGAAAGUUGAACAUCUUAACAUUGAAGAGCUGUUUGAAAUCCCUCACGAGCAAAUCAAAGAUGUCGAGCAUCCAAAGGAUUUGGUAGAAAAUCAUAUUCCGGAUGCUGAUAUUUUUGAAGAAAGUUUAGAAUUCUUGCUAGAGUCUUAA